UCUCAUACACUGCACAUCAGACGUGGCAUCUACAGCUUCUGGCAUUACAAGGGGUCGUCUCCUCCCCGCCGUUCACUACGUUGGCACAGCUGCAUUAUCACACUACCCACGGGGAGGAUGGGUGAAGCUGAGCCCCCCCUAGCCACAGUGAAAGUAGCACCCAGCGCCAUAGAAUGGUAUUAUGCUGCGUCUCGCAUUGGAAAGAAUAAAUGCAACGUCUUGAAAAUGGAUGUUCCGUCCAGUUCAUCCGCUUUUGCUUUGCACUCUGUAAAGGAACGAAUGCGAGAAAAACUAAAUGGGUCCUUGAAGGCUGUAAAACUGCAAACAUCUCUUGCUGCAAAGAUCAAGACAAAAACUUUAAAUAAUUCGUCUUUCCUAAAGGUUUCCCUAAAGCACAAUAAUAAAGCUUUAGCUUGCGCCCUAACUGCUGAGAAAGAGAAGUCAAGAAGACUGGAAAAUGACAAAAUGUUCUUACAGAAGGAGGUGAAGAUGCUCCAUUUUCAGAAUGCCCUGCUUCGGCAAAACCUAAGUAUUGUGAACAAAAUGCUUAAAGAUAUAGAUGUAUUCAUGAAUAUUAACCUGUCAGCAGCUAUUGAACUCAGCAGUAAUAUGGAGUCCUCAGAUCGUCUAUCAGUGAUUGAAAGCAAAAGUGAACGUUUUAGCCAGCAGAGUACAUUGACUCUGGAUGAGGAUCAAGGAUAUAGACUUACAGGAGUGGCAUUAAGGGUUCCUUCCCACUCUGUAGUACAACAGAAAUGCAACAGUCAACAAACCAGUCUGGUAAAUGAACAAAACCACCAUACUGUUCCACCUACCCCAAUCACCACUGUUGUCAGAGAAAACUCUGGCAAGCUGCAUGAACCAGAAAUGCCUGCCUUGAAUUUAUCUCCCAAAGAAUACCUUUCAAUAUAUAAUGAGAACACUACCAGUGAUUCUGUCUCCGACUGGAAAGUCAGCGACUCUAUGCUACCAUUGGAUGAAGUAUUUUCCUCUACCAGAAAUGCACAAAGUGGUGGAUAUGUCACGAAAAGGAAGAAAAGAUCCACAGUAUCUCAUUCUGUCACUGUGUCAAAAACAUCUGAAACUAACCAGACCAGGAGCUCUGUGACCAGAAGCAGUUCUCCUAGGACUUCUUGGGAGAUAAAAAAAGAUUUCACCAUUCUUCCUGACUCAGGGGACACAGGCUUAGAUGGGGCAGAAAAGUCUUAUUUUGAUUCUGUCUUAAAAGAGGGUAGGCUCUCAGCAAUGUCAUAUGUCUCUUCACUGCCUAAAAACACGGACACUUAUCAAAUCAGUGAUGAUGGCAAAGAUAUCAGCACAGUUUUAUAUGAAGAGCAAACUAUACAAAGUACGACUCAACUGCAGAUUGUACAAAACGAUGAACCGCAUUGUAUUGUUGAUGGGUAUUUGGGGCAAGAGAAAACAGUAUAUGAAGCGGAUAUGGAAAUGACUUCAAGCGAGUCUGCUUCAAUAAUUGCAGUGCUGCCUAAAAACAAGAAGCAGACUUCCAAAACCAAAUCUGGUAUACCAGUGCAACAGAGCAAAACGUUAAGAAAAGUCAAGAAGUCAGUCCGUGAAAAAAACAGGAAAAAUGUUGUUCAACAAGUGACAGAUUCAUCUGACAGCAAUGAAAAGGUAGAUCGUGCAGAUAACUUUGAGGAUUUGAUAAGUGAUAGACCUGAUCCAAGAACAUGUGUUUUACUAGAACCUGUAGGACAAGAAAGCAUUGAUGUUUUGGAGAGCAGAACACAAUCUGACCUUAAAAUGUUAGCAUCAAGAGAGUCCUUUGCUUUAGGGAAUAUUUAUACAGAGAACACAACAGUAUUAAAUGAGAAAAAGAGCGAAACAUUUAUUCCAGAAAAAUACCAGUGCACAGACGCAGUCAACAUUGCUGAUAUGGCACCCAAGAAGAGGAAAUCAAAAAUUAAGGAAGCUUCACAGAUGGAAAGUUCCCAGAAAAAGAAACGUAAAACACACAAAAUUUCAAAGGAUCAAAAUCAACAGGCAGAGGAGGACCACAUAAAAGGUGACUCUACUGAACAAAUAGAAAGUAGCAAGGAAAAUACUAUUUCCAGUUUUCGGGUUAAAAAUAAAGAGCCAAUAAUUAAAAGGGAGACCUAUUUUGUUAGCACGACAAAGCAACAUUCAGUGGAGAAUGAUCCAGUAGCCAAAUGUCAUGAACAAAUUUAUAGAAGAGAAACAAUUAUAAUUCCUGAACCAAAUCCCUUGGUUACUGUUACCAUAAAGACACCAGAGGAAAGAAAUGAUGACAUUGUAGAGCCACUAAAUCCUAUGAAAUCUCUUGUCCCUAUAGUUGCCUCUGGCAAGACUGAGAAUAGAACAGAGCCGAAAAAAUUGGAUUCUAAAACAGAACGUUGUAAGCCCACCUCCUAUCAUGAUGAAGUAUAUGAUGACAAAAAGCAUGUCUCUAGGUGUCCAGAGAAGAAAGCAUGUUCUGGCCUGUUUUCGGAGUUGGAAAAAGGGACACAUGUUUUGCCCAGCAAGCAAGAUGGCUUCAGAGGUAAAAAAUCUAUGCUGGUGCGGGAAAGCUUUGCGAAUCUAACAUCAAGUCAGAGUAACAAAGCUAGAAAGUUUCCUGACAUUAAGACAAAUGUGAAUGACUCUUUUAUGCUUGAUAUGGUUAGUGAGUCCAUACUGGAUAAUACAAUGGAGUUCUCCAGUUUUGCAGAAUUCCCAUCAGCCACCAACCCUGAAAGCACUUUCACAGUUGACAUGUCCUUAACAAGGAUUCCUGCUCCUGAGCUUCCAGUAUCGGAGGACUGUAAUAAUGAGCUUUCUCAUGUUUUAACCAAUAUAAAUGUUCUGGAUGAAAAGGUCACUGGUGAGCAACAGGACACGUAUGAAACGGAGACUAAUCACCAAUGUAAAGUAGAAGACCAAAGUCUGGAAAUUCAUGAAACAGCUAACAAACCUUUUUUGGAUUUGACUAACAAAAGUCUUGGCUCCACAAAACAGUCUCCAAAGUCUUACUCAGAGGAAGAAGCAGGAGGUCAAUCAAGAAGAAGACGUAAACCUGUAAAUUAUAAGGAACCUAAACUGGGAACAAAACUGAGACGUGAAGACAAGCUCACAGAUUCUUCAUUUCUAUGUUCACCUGUUCUAAAAGGAAAGGGUAAAAAAGGAAGAGGGCGAAAUAAAGUCUGAAGGAUUUGGAGCUGAAGACAUGUAAACAUUUUGCCCAUUGUAACUUGUUCUUGGGGGUCGAGAAAUUGUUCUAUUCAAAAUGUCCUAUCUAUUGUGUCUAUAUUGGGUUCAUGUUAUACAUUGUUUCUUCCUUUAUCUGCUUUUAUGCUGGUAUAUAAACAUUCAAACACCUAUGUAUAUUACUCAUUUUGUUAAUUUAAAAAAAAUACCACUAUUUUAAUACAUGAUUCUCCAUAGGCAUUUUCUUGGUAAGUUGAAAUGUUUGGUUCUUUUAUUUAUUGGUCAUUUUGAAUGCAUGCUUCCUAUGUGAUUAUAUUUUGUAUAAUUUGUAUAUAUGUUCUUGACCUGUAACAUUGUGUUCACUGUAGUCACAUGGUUUAAUAUAGGUAAAAUGUUGAGUUUUCUGUUAACAUCUUGCAUUUAUUUUUUUAUUUUUUUUGUAGCAUUAAUUGGUUGUCCAGCUGUUUUUAAGUUUACAUUUUAAAAUUGCUUAAAGGGAAUCUGACAGCAGGGUCACCUGCACUAACCUGAAAGCACAGGUGACCCUGUUCCCAAUGUUGCUUACUAGCUUAAAAUUGUGCAGCAGUCCCAGAGAUAAUAGUCUGUUUAAUAUGUUAAUUUCCUUGUUCUGCGCAAUGGAGAUGAGUCGCUGCAGAAUUCAUCCCCGCUUCAAUCUCACUUCAUGAUUUCAUGUUCGAAACAGUCACCCGCACUAUCUGUAUAUUGAGAUUAGUGCAGGUGACCGUGCUGUCAGUUUCCCUUUUUAAAUGAUGUAACAUAAUAGUCAUACACAUUACUGAUUCCCUGCCACUCCUGUACUGACAUUGGCCAAGUUUGGCUGGUCUCUGUCGUUUCGGUCCCUCUUGGACCUAUAGCAACUGUUGCAGCCAAACAGUGGCAGCCACAAUGGUGACCUGCUACAGAGAGCAACCAGGGAAUACAGAAAUCCUUGAGAGCAGCAGAGUAAGAGAAGAGUAUGGGGGAAGAUUUUCAAGAGAUUUAUUUUGGAGGAUCCUGCCCCAUGUGUUGUUUGUUUUUUUUUUGUUUUUUUUACACCAAACUUGUUCAAAAAAAAAAAAGUCCAAAUGACCCCUUUUUAAAGUUUAUGUACACCACCUUUUUGUCUUGAGCCUAUUUAAUAAAGAUUAUA